AUGGAGGGGCUCAACUUGGCCCUUCCGUUUGUGUUCAUUCAGAAGCUGACGUCGGGGAAGUCAGAAGGUCGCUUCGAGUUGAUGUGUGAAGAGAUGUGCGGGCGCUUUGUCUUCCAUGCCUCGCGUGCUGCACAGCGCAUUAAUGUGCCGUUUAGUUUUUCGAGGUGUACCGUUGCGAACCCUCGCCUUGUGUUUGUGGGAAGCGAGAGCUCUGUUGAGGCGAUUUCCGACGAGAGCUUACGGCAUUCAAGGCGAUUUCUGACACGUUCUAACGGUAGAUCGGGCAAUUUUCAGCAUAGCAAACGGCAAGCACGGCGAAUUUCGACAAAGGCGAUCGGUAACAUAGUUCAUGAUCUUUAUACAGCUCGAUUUAAGAUGUCUGAUAGCGAGUCACUUUACGAGGGUGAGCCAAAUGCCUUCGAGGGGGAGUCAUCGGACGGUCUGUUUGAUUCAGAAAGUGAGGCCACCGAAAACAUCGGUGCCAAGGAUGGAGAAGACACCGAUGUGGAGAUAAUCGGUGAAGUCAUAACCUCCGUCCCUACCCACGGGAUCGGUAAGGGGCUCAUGGUAAGGCAGCUAGAUCCAUUGGCCGCGAUCUUCCGUGAUGGCAAUCACUUUGGCAUAAACAUAGACGACGAGUCCAGUGCCGCUCGCCAAUCGGAGACCUCCACGUCCGACCGUAGUGAGGCGGCUGCCGAACCUUCUUCUCGUCCUAGGGUUUCUAUAGUAUACCCUAGUAAUCCUAGGGCGCCUAUGGGAGUGCCGAAGGAGCAUUUGUUCGGCGUCGACUAUUUGGUUCUGAACAAAAUAACUGAGCGGGAGAUCGCCAAGUAUAGGGUGGAGUACCGUAUCCCAGAUUCGGUAAAGAUGAGGAUUCCGGGUGCCACCGAAUCGCUUACCACACUGAAGGACGGCGAGGUGGUCUUCUUUACCGAUGUCCUCAUUCAUGGCGUUUGGUUGCCGUUGCAGCCGGCGGUUCAGAGAAUCUUAGCCUAG